AUGCCGGCCGCCGAAGCAUCCCCCGUCGCAUCUUCCGAGUCUGGUAUCGUCAAGAUGGAAGACCGGAAGAGACCUGCCACGUAUGAUCACAAUGAUUCCGCUCCACCAUUAAAGAAGCAUGCCACUUCUGUCAAUGGUGGCAGCAAACCUCAUCCAGAUGCCGAUAUGCCUUGGAAAGACGACUUAGAGCGAUUCCAAAAAGAUGCAAUAUGGCGACAGAUGCAAGAAUACAAACGCGAGAAGACCUCUUUGGAGACAAAACUGAAGGAGAUGUCGAAAGCUACGGCCUAUCAUAAUGACCAUUUACGCGUAAUUGAUUCUUGGUUUAACCAGUUAAUUGAUGAGAUUAAAACCCUUUUGGGUGGACCCGGAGAUGAAGAGAGAGGGCAGUCUUCAUUCCAGAGCUCCUUAUCCUUCGAAGAUAUGGAGAGCUUCGAGAAGCAUCUUAAAUCUCGGUCAGAUGAUAUUCGUGACAUAAUUUCUCGUUUGCAAUCUAGUGUUUCAAGGGCUCCACCCGAGGUUACCGAUUUGCAAAAUCAGCUGGCGAAGAAAUUGGCCCAGGAGAAGACGACCAUUUCCGAGCUCGAGAAAGCUUUAGCAGAAAAACAGCAGUUAGAAGAAAGCCUGGAGGCCGCAUCAUUGCGGUACAUGGUGGCCGAAAAGAAACUCGACCGCGCACGAAGUUUGACGGUAGCGAAAUUAGAAAAACAAUAUAUCUUAGGCGCCCAGCGACCCGGCGGAGACAGCGCAUCCGGACAUCGUGAAGAACAGUCCCCUGUUAAUGGUGCCUCUGGUGCAGAACGCAACCUUGAAUUGGAGGAAACGCACAAACGACUCGUUGCUGUCUCGGAGAAGCAGAAAGAACAGUUACAGAAACUAGAGACUGAAAACGCAGGUUUGCUCAGCCAGAUUACAGAGCUCAAUAUCAAGCGCUCCAAACCUACCGACGAUGAUUAUGCCCAUACGGAUUUGUUCAAGCAGCUGCGGUCUCAAUACGAUGACGUCGUGAAACGUAUCAAUCAUUUGGAGGCCAUAAAUAUACAGUUACGGGAGGAGGCUGCCAAGUUACGGUCCGAACGAACCGCAUACAGGAACCAAAUUGAUGAGGAAACACGGAGUGUUAUUGCUGAGAAGGAAGCGCAGUUGAUGCGGGCAGAGACCGAUCUUGCUCGAAUCCGAAAUGCUCGAGAUGAACUUCUCGCCGACCAGCAGAUGCGCAAGGCUGCACAGGAUCAAGAAAAAACAGCUACCGCUAAAGUUCAGGAACUUGCGGAUGCUGGACAGGCUCGAAUUACUGCACUAGAAAGUGAGGUGGAAAGACUUCGUUUACAGAUCGACAACGCGAAGACCACACAGGCGACGGCUGACGACAUUCCGAUGGAGGAACUUCGCGCGAAAUACCAGAAUUUGGAGCGUCAAUAUUCCAUGCUCAAUACUGAGCUGGCCUCGAUGCAGACCGCAUGCAAAAAGUACUCCUCUUUAGCGUCGCAAAAGGUUACGGAUUUCAGCGCAUUGGAAGAGAAAGUGGCCCGAUUGAUUGCCGAGAAGUCGAAAGCAGACCAAAAGUACUUCGCUGCAAUGAAAAGCAAGGAGGCACGAGAGCUGGAAGUUCGAACACUACGCAUACAAAAUUCGAAAACUUCUGAUAUUGUCUCACAGCUGAAGGAGUCAGAAGCCACCACUCGUUCUUUACUCGCAAAUAUGGAGAAGCAGGCCAGCGAAACCAAGGACGCAUUAAACCUUAUAGUUGGCAAGAAUCACGCUGCGCAGCAGCAGAUAACAGAGAACAAUAUUGUCAUUGAUGGCCUCAAAAGCCAGAUCAACGAGUUGAAAUCACUCUCAGUGUCGAAAGAUUCAACUUUGGCAAGCACUUCAAGCGCCUGUCGCAAAGCCGAGACUGAGAUUGAAAGCUUGAAGGUGACACUUGCGGAAACCAAGAGAAGUCUCGACAAUUGGAAGAACAAGAGCCUUGGGAAUUCGUCAUCCGAAUAUGAAAUGCUGAGGAGCCUGGCCCUUUGCACUGUUUGUCGCAGAAACUUCAAGAAUACAGCGAUCAAGACAUGCGGCCAUGUGUUCUGUAAGGAAUGCGUCGAAGAACGCCUCACUUCUCGAUCUCGGAAAUGUCCCAAUUGCAACAAGUCAUUUGGAAACUCUGACCAUAUGCAUAUCACCCUCUGA